AUGGAGACCAGAUCGAGAGGAGGAGGAGCAGAGCAGGGGCUGAGAAAGAGAGCAAGAGCAGGAGAGCCGCGAGAUCAACCACCACCCAAUGGUUUGUACCUGGUGGUGGAGCACGAGACCGAGAACAAGUGCGAGGUGAUCAAGCCGCCGAGCCACGCCGGGGCACCCUUCGGCGCGCCGGGCAUGUCCUUCGUCGCCGUGAGUUCUUCGAACCACGGCGGCGACUGGAUCGUCGGCGUCGGCGGCAAGACCACCGUCACCUACGACGCCGGCACGUCGGAGGUGAUCCGGGGCCCGCCAGUCCUGUCCCCCAAGCACCAGCCCGUCCUCAUCUCGCACGGCGGCAUGCUCUACGCCAUCACGCGCCGCCCCCGGGUGGUGCCCUGGACGGACUUCGAGGUCCUAAGCUUCGAGGACGGCAUCCCCUCCAUUAAUUACCCCUACGCCACUGAGAAGGCGCCGCCUUUCUUCCCCUGCAGGCUCACCCCGAUCGAGUUCCGUAAUCCGCCGGAGGUCUGCGUCGGGUCCUACGCCGCCGUGGACGGGCGCAUCUUCCUCUCCCUGCAGCAGGAGGAGGGCACCUGCGUCUUCCAUGUCGCGAGCAAAACAUGGGAACGCGUUGAUGACAAUAACCUGCCUUUCAUCGGGCCGGCGGCACCCCUCUGCGAUCGCAUGUUUGCCGCCUGUACGAAAACCAGGAGCAACAAUGAGGAUGCAAUCACGCUCUUCUCCCUGCCCAUGGACGGUAGUACCAAAUGGCUUCCCAUCCGGGAGUUCGUCGUUGGGCCAACAGACCACGUCUCAAGGCAGUUUCUGUGCCCCCUCCCAGGAGGUCGAAGCUUUUGUUGGAUCAAUACAAUGCACCCAGACUCGGCUACCAGCAUCCAACUCAACAGCAAGUUGAAGUCUGUGCUGGCUACAUUUACCAUAUUUCAGCUCAAGAAUCUCGAGGGCAACGAUGAUUUCUCAGCAUCAUCAGUUACACUGGAGAAAUUGGGGAAACCGGGGCAGCUGAUACACACAUUAUCUGAGGGUGAGAGUAGUCCAGUGACUCUGAUUGCUGCACUCACUCACAAUGCAACAAGUGCCUGUGAUCUUUAA